CGGGGUAUGUUACCCAGGUACAAUUACCCGUAGUACAUCAUGGCGACUCCGAGAUGCAAAAUUUACUCUUUUGAAAAUAUCUUUUUCAACUUGAUAAAAGCUAGUCGCACAAAAUGUGGAAUACAAUCAGUCAAAACUUACAGAAACUUAAAAAGCUCAGGUGCAGGUUUUAUCAAUGCAUGUUCGUUUACCUCACUGGCAAGAAAAUCAAGUACUCCAACAUCGUUAAAAAACCAAUUUCCUGAGAUCCAUGUAGCUGUAUGCAUUCAAAGGCUUCCUAUAAUAACUCGUGAGAAAACAGAAUUAGAAAUGCAGUAUGAAGAGUUGCAAGAACAACUGGAAUUAGAGCACAGCUCUUUAUCUGAUUAUGAAGUGAAUGAGAUCAAUGUUCAUUCUUUGCAAGAGAAAUUGAAAAAUGAUGAAGAUAACGAAUCGUUAAAGAAAGAAGCUGCGGAACUUGAUUCAAAACAUCAGGAGCUUUAUGAUAUUGAGCAGCAACAUAUAAAAGACCCUAUCAUGGGGAAAAGAACAACUGAAGCUGAUGAAUGUGAGAAUAUACACACACCAUAUAGGAAAAUAGACCAAACAUUAUAUCUCCUGAUCAAAGAUGUAAACUCCAGCAAGAUGCAAUUGCCACACGGUGUUGUUCAAGUGGGAGAAACCUUGAGACAAACUGCAGAGCGUGUUGCUUGUGAUUAUGUACCUGAGAAUUUUGAAAUUCAGUUUUUCAGUAAUGCUCCUUCUGGGAUUUACAGGAAACCUGAGAGAGAUGGACUGCCAAAAACCAACCCAAAGAUGUUCUUCUAUCUGGCUGAUCUAAGAGGCGACUUCCACAAACAAUUGGAAAAUUUUCUAAAUGAUUCAACGUGGUUAUCAAAAGAUGAACUUCCCAAUUACCUGGCUAAAAAUUAUUUCCAAUCUAUAAUGAAAUUUUUAUUAUAGCAAAAAAAAAUAUAAAAAAAUCCUUGUAAAAUUUAAGCAUCCAAAUUUAAGUAUCCUGACUCUGUAUAGAAAGAUAUUACCAAAGAAAUUGACACCUUUUCCUUUGGCAAAUCAAUCCCCAAUUCCUUCUAAUAUGUAUGAAAAUCAUGUCCUUCAUUUUAUAGUAAACAUAUAAAAAUCAUAAGGAACCAACCUGGGAUGUAUCAGUGACUCCAGAGCCAGGGGGGUGUCAAAAAUAUUCUCUGGAUUGGAGGGAAGGAGAGAGGAGCUUGCCCCUUCAUAUUUUUUUCAUUAUUACACCAUUUAAAAUGUUUUCCUAGUUUCAAAUUUUAUCCAAUCACAACGUAAUUUUUUUUUAAUGUAACGUUACCUAAAGAUUUGUACUAAAGUUUUAAAAAAUAA